GCCCAGGCAGCUGACCGUGCAAAACACGUGUGUGCGGACGAAAAUGCCGAAAUGGGACUCUUUCUCUGUGUUUUGUGCCCUUUUUCGCCGACGGACGAGCCGACCGAGGACUUUUUGCCGAAGCCGACGAAGGGGCCGAACAGCAGCCGACGCCAGGCACUCCAGAUACGCGGAAUUUGUCAUGGCGCUGCGGGCCAUUAAGAUGUGCGGGGGGCAGUAGGGAGGGGGGCAAGGUGGGAUCGUCGGCGGAGAACCAGAGCGUGCCGUGGAUGGCGGACCACGGCGAACGCAUCCGGCUGGUGAUGCUGGGCGGCGCCGGCGUCGGCAAGAGUUGCAUCGUCAAGCGAUUCCUCUUCGGCACCUUCUGCGACCGCUACAAGUCCACCGUCGAGGACCUCUACUACCGCGAGUACGACCUCGGCUCCGUCACCCUCAAGGUGGACAUGCUGGACACGUCAGGCGAGCUGCAGUUCCCGGCGAUGCGGCGGCUGUGCAUCGCGACGGCGCACGCCUUCCUGCUCGUCUACUCGGUCACGUGUCCGGGCUCGCUCGAGUGCGUGAAGCGGUGCCUGGACGAGGUGCGCGAGCAGCGCGCAGACUUCCAGGACAUCCCCAUCGUGGUCGCCGGCAACAAGAUCGACAUGCCCGCCGUGCACCGCGAGGUCCGCGUCGACGACGUCACCGAAUGGCUCUACUGCGAAAUGCCCAAGCUCAGGGUGAAGGUGAUGGAGUGCUCGGCGAAGGAGGACCGGAACAUCAAGGACGUGUUCCGCAGCUACCUGAGCCUGUCCAAGAUCCUGCCGGAGGCGAGCGAGGGAAGCGGCGCGGGGGCCGGGGGGUCCUCCGGGGGCGGCCUGAAGCGGCGUUCGAGCGCGUACGUGAGCAACAAGGGGAGUCGGCGGUCGGCGAGUCCGGCCGUGUCGGGGGCCGAGGCGGAGGCGUCGGGGUCGGCGGGCCCCGCCGCCGAGCCCACGGGCCUCAGCCGCUUCAAGCCGCGCAGCCGCUCGCUGAUCCGCCGCUCCAGCCGCAAGGCCAAGCAGCAGAUGCGCGACGCCAACGACGACUGCCACGUCUCCUAAGAAGAUUAAUUCAUCAAGGUUUUACACACAACGCGAAUCCAUGUUUCACCAAAACUAUACAUAAUAAUGUACGUGUGCCCCCCUCCCCCACCCACCCCUAUUUUUACUCGGCCAGGCAGAGCGACCAGACGCGGAGAACAGGGUAGGCAGGGUCCCUUAAUUCCCUACCAACACAUUUCUUUUUUUACCAAAAAGUGUCCGGUUGCUUGCAUUGUUAAAAAAAACUAUAGACAGUGAUUUGGGAAAAUGCAUCAUUUACCUGUUUGAUUGUUGGUGUUAUUCGGAGUUGAUUGUUGCAAAAUUUAUACGAAAAUUUAUAUUGAUUCGUGAGAAAAUGAACAUAUUUAGGAAGGCAUUUUUUGAAGGAGAUCUGGAAACUUUAAACUUGCUUAUAACAAAAUUUUCAAAUUUAAUACCUCGUCAAAUUUGAAAAAAUCUAGUAACUUUCUUGGAACUAUUACAUAAAUUUAGAAAACUCUUUAUUAAUUUUAAUAUUAAAUUUCUUAUGAAAAAUAAGGAAAUUUGAAUAAAAAUUGUUUGUAAUUUAUUUAAUUUUUUUAACAAAAUCCGUAUCAAAUCGGCACCGCGAAUCGGCGCCGCACAUGGGUGGAGAACGAGUGCAAGCUUUAAAAAAAAAGAUUUUAAAUUUUUUUCGUAAAAAAAGUUUAAAAAAAAAAAACUAUAAUCCUG